GGUCAAGCGAAAAGCCCCAGAGCCACUGAAACAAUUGCUGGGCGCCAAACGAGACAAACAGAAACAGUAGUGUCUGUGUGAGAGAGAGAGAGUACAGAUCUCAAACUCCAAGAAGCUUUAAAGCUUUACCAUUCUCUUCUCUUCUUCCUUUGUUGGUAGUUUCCAGUAUUAGGGUUUCCUCUCCUGCUACUCGGAAUUCAACAACAGAACAUGGAAACUGAGGAUUUUGAGUAUAGAAGGAAGGAGCGCGUAGCAUUGGUAGCCAUUGUCGUCAUUGCUUCACUCGCUGUCGCUUGUUUGCUUGUGGCUUUUAGCUAUUACUGCUAUAUAGUAAACAAGCUCUCCAAACGUCGUGAUACCCACAAGAAGGAUAAUUAUGAGGAAAAAGGCAGCUUUGGGAAUCUGAAAGUUGCAACUGAGAAAGGACUUCAGGUGUUCACAUUUAAGCAGUUAUAUUCAGCGACUGGUGGUUUCAGCAAGUCAAAUGUGGUUGGGCAUGGUGGUUUUGGGUCAGUAUACCGUGGUGUCCUCAAUGAUGGAAAGAAGGUUGCAGUGAAAUUAAUGGAUCAAGCAGGGAAACAGGGAGAAGAGGAAUUUAAAGUGGAGGUGGAAUUGUUGAGCCGCCUAUGUUCUCCAUAUUUGCUGACAUUGCUUGGAUAUUGUUCUGAUAACAAUCAUAAAUUGCUGGUUUAUGAGUUCAUGGCAAAUGGGGGAUUACAAGAACACUUGUAUCCUCUAAAUGGUCACAAUACUGUGCACAUGAGAUUGGACUGGGAAACGCGGUUGCGAAUUGCCCUUGAAGCUGCCAAGGGCUUAGAAUAUUUGCAUGAACAUGUCAGUCCUCCAGUGAUUCAUAGAGAUUUCAAGAGCAGCAACAUCCUCUUGGACAAAAAUUUUCAUGCCAAAGUUUCUGAUUUUGGAUUGGCCAAGCUUGGACCAGACAAAGCUGGUGGACAUGUCUCAACUCGAGUGUUGGGCACCCAGGGAUAUGUUGCCCCUGAGUAUGCAUUAACUGGGCAUUUAACAACAAAAUCAGAUGUCUAUAGUUAUGGGGUUGUUCUGUUGGAGUUGCUCACUGGCAGAGUCCCGGUGGAUAUGAAGAGACCUCCUGGGGAAGCUGUUCUUGUGCCUUGGGUGCUGCCGUGGUUGACGGAUAGAGAGAAGGUGGUGCAAAUUAUGGAUCCGGCAUUGAACAGUCAAUACUCAAUGAAAGAGGUUAUUCAGGUUGCAGCAAUUGCUGCAAUGUGUGUACAACCGGAGGCUGAUUACAGACCACUAAUGGCAGAUGUUGUACAGUCACUAGUCCCAUUGGUCAAGACUCACAGGCCAACAUCGAAGGUGGGAAGCUACUCUGGCUUUAAUGCACUCAAGUCACCUUCAUCACAAGACACUGGCAGAGCAAGUGUAUGAAACUAAUAAGAGCUAUUUAAUCAUCUCUAUUUGUAUUUAAUCAUCACAGGACAUUUCUGGUCUUUGAUUAUGUGUUGGGGGAAGCUAUUGUUGCUGUAGAAUCAUGGUCCGGUGAGCAUAACUUAAACCCUAAUUUUAAUCAGGAAGUGUAACUGAAAAGUCUUACUCUUUGAUCUGGCGUUCCAGUCUUGUAGCUGACAAUGGGUUGUUUUUAAUAGGUUUUUAAAAAUGCAGGAUUGAUUUAUUAAUAA